ACGGUCGCUUGGGAAAUAGGAGUGAACGAACGAAGAAGACGACGACGACCAUUUCUCAUCUUCUCUCUCUCUCUCUCUCUCUCUCUCUCUGUGGAUUUAGUAUCUGUGAGUAGCUCUUCUCUCAGUAAUGGCGAAUCUGACGAGAGAUCAGUAUCUGUACAUGGCGAAGCUGGCCGAGCAAGCGGAGCGCUACGAAGAGAUGGUCAACUUCAUGGAAAACCUCGUCCUCGCCGCUACCCCCGCCGGCGAGCUCACCGUUGAGGAGCGCAACCUCCUCUCCGUCGCCUACAAGAACGUCAUCGGCUCCCUCCGCGCCGCCUGGCGAAUCGUCUCCUCCAUUGAACAGAAGGAGGAGUCCCGCAAGAACGACGACCACGCUCUCCUCGUCAAGAACUACCGCUCCAAGGUUGAGUCCGAGCUCUCCGUCGUCUGCGCCGGCAUUCUCAAUCUCCUCGACACCAACCUCGUGCCUUCCGCCUCCACCAGCGAGUCCAAGGUCUUCUACCUCAAGAUGAAGGGCGAUUACCAUCGGUAUCUCGCCGAGUUCAAGAUUGGCGAGGAGCGUAAGCAGGCUGCUGAGGAUACCAUGAACGCCUAUAAGGCCGCUCAGGAUAUUGCCCUGGUUGAUCUGGCUCCCACACAUCCCAUAAGGCUGGGGUUGGCCCUCAAUUUCUCAGUGUUCUAUUAUGAGAUUCUCAAUUCAUCUGAUAAGGCUUGUAGCAUGGCUAAGCAGGCAUUUGAGGAAGCGAUAGCUGAACUUGACACUCUGGGGGAAGAUUCGUACAAGGACAGUACUCUUAUCAUGCAACUACUAAGGGACAAUCUGACUCUUUGGACUUCAGAUGUGCAGGACCAAAUAGAUGACUCCUGAACAACUUUUCAAGCCGAUAAGGUUUUAUCUUCUCCCGGAGGAGGUGGGCUUCAAAUGUCAUUUGUUUGUUCCGUUCUGUCUAGGUGUGUUUUGAAUGGGAUUUGUUGUCAAUCUAUAAAAUGAUGUUUCAUAUCCAGACAUAAACCUACUUUAAAACACUUAAAAGUGAUUCAAGUUCGCUGUUGGAAUUACUAAUUGCUAUAUCUGCUCCAUUUAUGUUUGGUUA